AUGCAUAAGCUCAAACUCAACAUCCUCUUCCACCCUUUAAAACAGCCGCCAUUUCGCCACUCCGCCGCUGCUGCCGCCGCCACCAAGUCCUUCAACGCCACCCUCCACCGCCUUUCCUCAGAAGGUUUCCACCGUCAUGCUUUACUCACAUACAACUCCAUGCUCAAGUCCUCUGUACCUCCUGACCCUUUCACUUUCCCCACUCUCCUCAAAGCCUGCAUUUCUCUUAACCUUCUCCGGCACGGUCUUUUGCUACACCAACACGUGGUCGUUAAUGGAUUUUCUUCUGAUUCUUAUAUUGGGUCAUCCUUAAUCAGUUUUUAUUCCUCUUUUGGGAUUACAGAGGAUGCACAGAAAGUGUUUGAUACAAUGCCUGAGAGGAACAUUGUCCCGUGGACGACUGUUAUUGGGUGUUAUGCACGAACUGGUGAUUUUGAGCAUGCCUUUUACCUGUACAAUUCUAUGUUACAUGAAGGAAUAAAACCGACUUCUGUUACCUUGUUGACUCUGCUUUCUGGAGGAUCAGAGAGCAUUCAUGUGGAGUGUUUGCAUACUUGUAUAGUAAAAUAUGGUUUUAUGGGUCACAUUGCUUUGUUGAAUUCUAUGUUGAAUGUGUACGGUAAAUGUGGAAGAAUUGAGUAUGCUAGGAAGUUAUUUGAGUGGAUGGAUGAAAAAGAUAUUGUUUCUUGGAAUUCUUUGGUUUCAGGGUGUGCUUUAGUGGGGAACACAGAAGAAUUAUUGACGCUUAUGUACAGGAUGAGGUCAGAAAAUUCAUGGCCUGAUCAUCAAACAUAUGGGGCGUUGGUUUCCGCAAUUGCAAAAGAUGGUAGUGCUAAAUUUGGAAAAGUGGUGCAUGGACAGAUAGUUGCUGCUGGAUUUGAAUUAGAUGUGCAUCUUCAGACAUCACUUAUGUUUAUGUAUUUAAAAUGUAGGAACAUGGAUUAUACAUUUAAGAUUUUUGAGCGAGCAAAAGAUAAAGAUGUAGUUUUGUGGACAACUAUUAUCUCAGGACUUGUUCAGAAUGAACGUGCAGAUAGAGCACUUGAAGUGUUUCAAAGCAUGUUGUGUAGUAGAAUUGAACCUUCUACAACUACCAUAGCAAGUGCACUUGCAGCUUGUGCUCAAUUAGGUUCAUUGAAAGUAGGAACUUCUAUACAUGGCUAUAUGUUGAGGCAAAGAAUGGCCAUUGACACUCCUGCCCAAAAUUCUCUUAUCACUAUGUAUUCAAAAUGUGGCUAUUUGAAGCAAGCUCUUAUUGUUUUUCAUAUGAUAAAAAACAGAGAUGUGGUCUCCUGGAAUGCAAUUGUUGCAGGGAAUGCCCAGAAUGGGCAUUUAUCGAUGGCCUUGCAUUUGUUUAAUGAAAUGAGGAUAGCCCAUCAAAGACCUGAUUCAGUAACAGUGGUUUGCCUUCUUCAAAUUUGUGCCUCAAUUGGAGCAUAUCAGCAAGGGAAGUGGAUCCACAAUCUUGUUGUAAGGAGCUAUCUUGAACCUUGUGUUAAGAUAGGUACAGCUUUGGUUGAUAUGUACUGCAAAUGUGGUGACUUAGACAGUGCGAAGAAGUGUUUUGACAGGGUCAUAGAACGUGAUCUCAUUUUAUGGAGCACAAUUAUUUCUGGAUAUGGCAGUCAUGGCAAAGGGGAGACUGCCCUGGCAUUGUAUAUGGAGCUUGUGCAAAGUGGUCUUACACCAAACAGUAUUAUUUUCUUAUCUGUUCUUUAUGCAUGUAGUCAUAAUGGACUUGUGGACCAUGGUUUGAACUUGUUUGAUACUAUGGCAAGGGAUUUUAAGAUUGAACCUGAACUCGAACAUUGUGCAUGUAUAGUUGACCUACUUUGUCGAGCCGGUAGGGUGAAAGAUGCAUACAACUUCUAUAAGAUGAAAUUUCCAGAACCAAUGGCCAAUGCUUUGGGUAUAAUUCUUGAUGCUUGCAAAACAAAAACCCUGGAAGAACUUAGGGAUGUCGUUGCCAAAGAAAUCUCAGAGUUAGAUCAUGAGGACGCUGGAAGGUAUGUGCAAUUGGCUCAUAGUUAUGCUUCAAUGGCCCAGUGGGAGGGCGUUGGUAAGACCUGGGUCCAGAUGAGAGAACUUGGGCUCAAAAAGCUUCCUGGUUGGAGUUUUAUUGACUUACAUGGAGUAAUAACAACUUUUUUUAUGGGCCAAACCUCUCAUCCUCAGCAGGAAGAUAUAAUGUUGGUUCUGAAGAAUUUAAGUGAGGAGAUACGGAGGGUAAUCAUGUCAAACACAGAGGAUAUAUCAUAA